AGAUGGCAGUAGUGCAAAAUUAAGGAUGCAAGCUGUCGGUAAAACACAAAGAAGAAGAAGUAGGCUAAUCAGUAGCUAGUUGCUGUUGUAAUAUGUUAGUAGCAGGUAGGACUGCUGUGGGAAGGUGGUGUCCUGCAGUACUGUUGCCAAAGCAUUUGGAUAAGGUAACUAGUUGAGGACAGGACAGCAAAGUUUUUGACACUGUAUUUCUGCUGGUGCUUGAUUAUGCGGCGAGGGGAGCACGUUUCACAGGCUUUCCAGGCCCCGGUGGAUGUCCAUGCCAGUGCAGAUGGCCAGGUUUACAUGUUCAAUAGGAGGCCCAAUGAGUCUACUGUAUCCUCAGAUGAGGAGCUUAACGUCAUGGAGAUGAGGCCGCGGAUUUUCCAAGAGCAAGAACAGGACAGUCUGAGGAACAUCCAGCUGCUGGAGCGGGAGGUGUUAGAUGGUGACAGCCUCUACAAGCUUGCACUACAGUAUGGCUGUAAGGUGGCAGAUAUAAAGCGGGUGAACAACCUUAUGCAGGGACAAGAUUUAUUUGCACUGAAAUCUAUCAAAAUACCUGUUCAGAAACACAGCUUUUUAACAGAGAUGUACACCGACCUAGGUGACCCUCAAGGAGAAAUACCACAUUCAUCCACCACACCAGUGAAGCCUCAGGACCGAGCCAGAGCCCAACCACAUCUGCAGGAGGUCACAGACUUUCUAAUGGAUGUGGACCACGAUAUUGAAAAACUGAUUCAGAUCACAAAUGAUCAAGAUGAGGAUUUCUUGUUAAACUCAGAAAAACAGCAAAGGUUUGGUUCCAGAGGACAGCGCCUGACCAGUCACGGCGCAGACUGGGGCAUUCAGUGGUGGAAUGCUGUAGUGGCCAUGCUCCUGAUAGGCAUCGUCCUGCCAUUAUUUUAUGUAAUUUAUUUCAAAACAAAAGAUAAUGGAGUAGUUUUACCAACAGAUGGUGGUGGUGCUUUACAGUCAUCCACCAUCUCCUCAAACUCCUCGGGGACAGGCCUUAGUACAAGAGGACCAGGAUAGUGCAGACUCAGAAAACCAGAAUCAUUUUUUAAAACUGUUGGGUAAGAUGGUCUCAGAAGUAGGUGACGAUCAAGAUAAAGCAAUGCAAUACCACCAUGUUUCAGUAAAUGUCACCUUUAAUUUUAUACUAUAAAUGUGAUGCUUGAGACAGAUACUUCAUUGAUUGUCUUGAAGUGAAAUGGCUGAACACUGUUCUCAUUUGUGUGACCAUUUAGGACACUAACAUUUUUAUCAAACAGCUUUCAGAGUACCGUUUCCUGAAAUAUUACUCUUGAUACUAUUGAUCGCUGAUCAUUUGGUUUCAAAACAGUUGUGUUGGGAUUACAGUUCCUCAGGUGCUUUACUAAAUUUGAGGUAUUAAAUGGUUGUGUCUUAAACCUCCUCACAUGACACAAGCUGAAUAAUUGCAAAUGGAAAAUAUAUUUG